GACCCUGGCAGUCCACACCCCGCUGCACCAUGAUGAGAGCUGCUGGCAUGGUUCUCGUGCUUCAGCUCAGCCUGUGGCACCCUGGGGCCCUCGCUGAGAACUUAGACCUUUUUGAAGCUUUAGCAGAACCUGAGCGCGGAGCCUCGUGGGCGGAGAUGAACUCUCUGAGGACGGAGUUGAGCCUGGCGAAACACGAGCUGAUGAACGUCAAGAGCCAGCUGGACGAGCUGUCGAGGCAGAACUCAGAACGAGCGCAGGUGGCGUUUUCAACCUCGUUAGGAUCCAAGGGACACCUGGGCCCUUUCAACACCCUCACCACCGUGGUCUACAAAAACAUCUUCACUAACGUGGGCCAACACUACAACAACAUCACAGGUGCUUUCACAGCGCCGGUGAAAGGUGUCUACCACUUCAGCUUCACAGUUGGGGAUUUCCAGGGUACAGCAGUCAUGGGUCUGACACUGAUGAAAAAUGACCAGAUGGUGAUGCAUGUUGGGGAGGUGGGCAGCCAUGGUCAGUACAGAUAUGCUUCUAACGCAGUCAUACUGGAGCUGAAGAGAGGAGAUGUUGUUUUCGUCCAGCUUCCGAAAGGAUACAGGAUUUAUGAUGAUGACCACAACCGCAACACGUUCAAUGGCUUUCUGAUUCAGUAGACACGGCAGGAAUCCUCUCACUGUUACAGCAAAUGUGAACCUGGUUAAUCUCUGACAGUACACUGGAAUGGACUUUGUGUGGACAUGUGAGGGGGUUCAAUGAGCACACACACACACACACAUUCCUGCACCAUGACCACUAGGGGGCAGUCUGAGCUCAGCUAUGAAUGGGUGUGCUCUGUGACGUUGUCAAUACAAUAAUAGUCCUGGAGACCGUAACCAUGCAAUAUACUUUGAUCACACAAUAUAAUUUAUACAUUUACACCAUCUGGAAUAGCUAAGAGUGUACUCAUGUUAUCUUUCAUGCCAUUUAUCUUUUCAUUUAAUACAUUCCGAUGCAUUUUCAACAGCAUUAUUUCAAUUAUAGACAUGCAAUAUUGUUAUGUAUAUCCAGAAUAAACAUGUCAUUACUUUUGACAUGUUUAUUUCUUUAAAUAAUGAAACGUGUAAGGUUUCUUUAUUAAAAAUCACAGUUGAAGAAAACUGUCACUUUGUACACUGUGGAUUAAUAUCAUCCUUCCAGGCUUUAAGUUCACCUUAAUAUGUAGCAAAAUGUCGAAUACAAUUAUUUAACCAAUGAUUGGUACAGUUUUUACACUAAACAUCACAACAUUCAUUAAACUCAAUCAAACCA